GGCCAUGGCUACAGACCCAUUAGCUGAGGCAGGCUUUUAUUUUGAUGAACUCAACAAGCUGCGAGUGUUGGAGCCUGAUGUCAGCCAGAAGACUUCAGAGCUCAAAGAAGAGUGCAAAGAGUUUGUGGACAAAAUUGGCCAGUUUCAGAAGAUAGUGGGAGGUCUGAUUGAGCUCGUGGAUGAACUGGCAAAAGAAGCAGAGACAGAAAAGAUGAAGGCCAUUGGAGCCAGAAACCUGCUGACGUCUGUAGCAAAGCAAAGAGAGGCCCAGCAGCAGCAGCUUCAGGCUCUCAUAGCAGAGAAGAAAAUGCAACUUGAAAGAUAUCGUAUAGAGUACGAAGCUUUGUCCAAAGUGGAGUCAGAGCAGAACGAGUUCAUCGACCAGUUUAUUCUCCAGAAGUAAGAACUCCCGAGACCAAACAGUCUGCGACUUUCCUCAGUGCCUAUCCCAUUUUCAGAGAACUACUCCGCUGCAGCUCCUUUUCCGAAGCAGUCCCAAAACUCUGAUGUCACGGACGCCUCCUCCUCUGACGUGUUGUGUGUGAACUGACUGCCUGCUGUUUCCCAUUGUGGACAGCAGAUGUGUGCAUUUACAGGGCAGCUUCACGUGCUCACCUCUGCUGGCAUCAAGUGUCUCAACAUGUCACACCAACACUGAAGACGAUGGAGCUAUUUAUACAAAGAGAACCUAUUUAUACUAUUUAUACUUUAGUCUGUAUAUCUAGUUUUAUUACUUUUUGUAUCAAUGGAGAUUAAUACUGCAUGUGCACGUAGCUGUAAAUAAGUUUCAGUUCAAGAAAAAUGAGCAGAUCAGGAUGUUUUUGUUUUAUUCCAUUGGUUGGUGAGGCCAGUACAUACGAAACAUUCUCAUUGUUUUCUUGUAUGUGUAUCCUUGUUAUCCAGCAUUUAUUUGAGAAAAAUGGUUAUACUUGAAUACUGUAUGUUGCACAGAAGUAUCACCUUUGCCUCCAAGCUGUAGAAGAGAUGCGUGAGCAAAGUUUAACAAUGUGCAAUUAAGUAUUGUGUUAAUAAAGAUUACGUGAUAUGCAAA